AUGGAAGAGAUAGAGGAAAACCUUCAAGUGUGGGCGCCAGUGGAUGACCAGUUGAAGAGUAUUUUGAUCGCUAAGAUACACGCCACGAUAGAAUGUUCAGUGUGUCAAGAAAUUAUGCAUGUGCCGUUCAUGAUGCAAUGUGGCCACUCUAGCUGUUAUAAAUGUCUCUAUACGUGGUUCGGCGUAAAGAUGAACUGUCCUACUUGUCGAGAAAUCAAUGAGAACAAGCCCAUUCUAAACGUACCUUUGCGGCAAAUCAGUAGAAAUAUAUCAGAUUUAAUAAUUGAGAUGUCAAAGGAUAAGGAUGAAGCAGAUAGAAUAAAAAGUCAGAGAAAGGAAGCUACUGAGGAAUAUCAGGAGGAUUUUGAGCAAAAUUCACUUUUUGGUGAUGCAUUCAAAUCAGCAUUGACGUUAAUAGAUAGAUCAGAUGGCGUACCUAGAUGCGGGAAUUGCCACUGGGAGGCACAUGGUACAGUCUGCUUACAUUGUGGUACCAGGUUUCGUAUACCAAGAGAAGAUUCAUAUUACGAUUCAGACGAUGGAGAUGCCUACGAUGAGGAUGACGAAGAAACAACACGUUAUGGUGGUAAUGGUAGGGAAGAAUACGAUAGUGAGGAUAGUUUCAUUGAUAAUGGUAUACCAUCUAUUGAUUUGAGGGGUGGAGAUUCUUCAGACGACGAUGUACGUGAAAUACAUGGUGACGAAUGGACAGGGUUUGAUAAUCAGAGCAUAGGAAGUUCAAUGAACGACGAUUACGAAGCAGACUUACACAGAGCAUUGGAAGAUUUCCAUAAUGAUGCAUUAGAUGAUGAUAGCGAUGACACAGAUGACAUUAUCCAUAGAAGGCCGAGGGUAAUUGACAUUAGUGAUGACGAUGAAUAA